AUGCCCAAAGACAGUGAAUGCCCCUUCGAGCUCUCGGCCACAAAGUCCAAAUUACUGGAAUCAUUGCUGGAAAAGAUGACCUCAAAAAAAUGGAACCCAGGUGGGAAAGAAAAUGAAGAAGAGUGGAGAAGGGCUCGCACCUAUGCAGAUGACAUCACUCUUAAUCCAGACACAGCCCACUCCAACCUCUCCAUUUCUGAGGAUAAGAAGAAAUUUAUUCAUGAACCCCAACCUCAAAAAGUUCCACCAACUCCAGAGAGGUUCGAUUCGACUGCCUGUGUGUUAGGCUCUGAAGGAUUCUCCUCUGGAGAGCACUACUGGGAGGUGGACGUCGGGAGCAGCAAGGACUGGGACCUGGGUGUGGCGAGAAAAUCUAUAGAGAGAAAAGGAAAACUUUCCCUGUCCCCUAAAGCAGGAUUCUGGGCUCUGGGUUGGAGUGGGAAAGAUUACUGUGCAAAAACAGAUCCAUGGACCCGGGUAAUGGUGCAAAAAAAGCCUGAGAAAAUUGGAGUUUACCUUCGUUACCAAGAGGGGCAGGUGACCUUUUUCAAUGCAACUGACAUGUCUGUGUUGUUCACAUUUAACGAUUGUUCAUUCUCAGGAGAGGUUUAUCCAUUCUUUAAAAGUUCCCACAAAAAAACAUCAAUGAGAAUUUGUUCUAUAAGAGAAGAUAAAUGAGUUUAAAGUGGCACUGCCACUCACUUAUCCCACUGUAUCUUUGAAAUCCAAUUUCCCAUCAACGAAUUUAAAUUACAUUUUGCCUGUCUAUUAAUUCUGUGGUGCCAUCUCUAGAACAGCGUUGUUAUUCAUUUUAUGGUAGUGAACCUAUGACAUGAAGUUUCUCUCCAAUAAAAUUUGAACUGUAAUUUUUACUCUGUACUUUGUGAGCUGUCAUCUUAAUUACUUGCUUUCAACAACAAAUGAUUUUUUGUUACUUCUGACAAAUACUGUUAUUUGACUAGGCUGUUAAGGAAAGGAUAUUAGUAUUGUAGAUUUUCAAUACAAAUCAGUGCCCGCAAUUAGGUUUUCAAGAUUUUCAAGAGCUCAGCUGCCAUUUACCCAGCAUGAAAAUCCUUAAGCAACCUGACAAAAACUGUCACAGUGGGAGCUGCUGGGUGGAUAUUAAUGGGAGAAAAAUCCAUCCUGUCUCACACAUUUAUUUUUCUCUUAGAGACACACCACCACCAAACUUAUAACUAAUGUAGGGCUUGUGACUGGCCUGUGUUAGCUACAGAGCAGGGUAAGGGAAUAUAAAAUACCCCCCAUCCCUCUACACAGCCAUGCAGGACUUACUGUAAUAAUUGCAAGGCAGCUGCACCUCUGACCCCUUCCCAGUCCCUCUGAGAGCUCCCACCCUGUGACCUCUUGCUCUCACCUGUCUCAAGAUAGAAUCUCAUGAGUCUUCAACACUUAGAUGGGGAUCUGACUAUAGUAACUCAGCCAUACCAUCCACUUACCGUACCACCCUUCAGUUCAUUCUUAGACUGGGCACCUUCUUGAUCCUCCAUUUAGGAAACUGUGACCAAUGAAAUGGACCAAAAGCCUUUUAAAAACUAAGUGUUUUUAUUUAGCAGUUGUGUAGUUUGUAGAAAUAGAGCAAUAUCCCUUUAAAUAGUCGAUGAGCCUUUUGUUUG